AUGGAUGGCAAGAAAAUCUCGAAAAACGUGGCAUUAGCCCUCAAAAAGGAAGAAUUCCACUACUGGUCACCCCAAGAACUCGAACAAGGCGUCAAGAGAUAUCGCAACCUGAAGGCUCUGAUAAAAGACCCCGAAUUCCACGAAGAGAUCACGAGACCGGCAACAGUAGCCAACAGCACAGGAGGAAGAGUCGAACCAACCCUACAGCCACCUCCUCCACAAGAACAACAACAGUGGCAACUACCGUACCGACCGCCACAUCCCACGGUCUCUCCGUUAACAGACUUCCAACCAUACGAGUCAACAGACCGUAUCGGAAAGCAAUUAACAGAAUUCGCGAAACUGUACCCCGACGAUAUGAAAUACAGCGGCGAUAUGUACGAUGUACUCGAAAAGAAGAUGCCAGUAUUCGUGGAUCACUGUAGAAUGCUGGGAAUUCACACCUCCCAAUACAACAGGGCACUUCCCCUAAUACUGAAAGGAAUAGCCAAAACCUACUUCUACGCCUCGAUUAAAGUGAUCAACCCACAGCCCAACUUCGAGACCAUGAUCAACCAAUUGAAAUCACACUUCGAGACUAGGGAAAGGCAACAAGCGUACGUUACGCAGUGGAAUACAACUACUCUUCCCCAAAUCAUUCGCGAUAACCCUGGAAAGACCAAAUCGGAGUGUUUUGACAUACUAUGUGACAAAUUAAGCAAGAUUCAGCCCGGUUUGCCACAACAGGAUCACAACGACCGAUCCCUCCAUACCCAACUUCUACACGCUUGUAGAGAUAUUCCAGAGUGUGCAAUGGCGUUAUUUGUACCGGCUGAGACGUACGAGGGACUUCGCAGCCAAUUAAUCUCGUCGAUCGAGACAGCUACCCGUCUCAACCAACAACAAUUCAACACAGUAGCCAACCCACCAGAGCAGUACUGGACCGACAGAACUUUCAACGGUCGAGGGCGUUAUUCACGAUACAGUCGUUCAUCACGAAGUCGAUCAUCACGAGGAAGAAGCCGUGACAGACCCCUAUUACCGCCAACGCCUAAGAAGUGCUACGUGUGUGGAAAACCUAACUGCUGGUCAACCAAACACACCACAGAAGAGAGACGAAAAGCGUACGAGAAGUUCAAAACCACCCAAUAUGCCCAGGAUACGUCACUUCCAGCAUAUGGCCAAUUUCUCGUCCAAUACGAGGGUUUCGACGGGUUAGACCUACAACCUACCGCCGAAGACCCCCAGCAAUACUACCACGUAACCGAACAAACCAGUGAAAGUGACGAAGAGGAAGAGACCGGCAGCGACAGUCAAUUCCAGGUCACCGCCUAUUUCACUACAACAGCAAUUGACGGCAACAGGAUCGCCACGAUCCUAGCAGACCAGUCAACCCGCCAUGCUAUUACGAAAGAAGACCUCUUCCGCAACCAACCAGAACCGAAAGAGCUACCUUCGCAAUUCACACUCGAGGGACGCUACUCUGCCCAGAACUUCCAAGGGAUCAUGCCCGACUCGGGCGCAGCAGGAUUCUCAACCGCUGGCCACCCACAAUUCGUGGCCCUACAACAAAUUUACGAAGGAAUUACGUUAAACACUGAGGCGGCUGGCGGCGUUACAGUGAAAUUCGGCGAUGGGAUACCACUGGAGUCUAUAGGGACUACCAAAGUGCCAACGCCGUUUGGAAGCGUCAAAUUUCACGUUAUUGAGACUAACACUCCCUUCCUUAUGUGCCUAGGAGAUAUGGACCGAUUGAAGGUCUACUUUAACAACGUUACGAAUACCCUCAUCCAAGGAAAUAAGGUCGUACCUAUUAUUCGCAAAUGGGGCCACCCAUGGUUAUUACUCGAUAAGGAGAAACCACUCGCCUGGAACCACCUCACAGACGCUGAAUUGCGACGGGUUCACCGUCGCUUCGGACACCCAUCUGUUCAACGAUUACACAAGGUGCUCCAGAGGGCCGGCCACCCAGUUGAAAUUACGGCAAUUGAGCAACUAUCGAAAGUCUGCCAUCGAUGCCAAAUGCACGCACCAGCGCCAUCACGGUUCAAAUUCACGUUACGAGACGAUUACGAAUUCAACUACGAGGUUAUCGCCGACGUGAUGUACCUUGAGGGUAACAGACCGGUCCUCCACGUCGUCGAUACCGCCACGGCGUUCAACGCCGCCCGGUUCCUUGAGGACAUUUCUGCGAAAGCCACUUGGGAAGCCCUACGCCUCUGCUGGAUAGAUGUGUAUCAGGGACCCCCAGACUGGCUAGUUACCGACGCUGGAACAAACUUCCGCUCAACAGAAUUCCGAAACGCGGCGAGAGGAAUGGCAAUUGAAAUCAAGGAAAUUCCCAUAGAAGCCCACAACAGUAUUGGGAAAGUUGAACGAUACCAUACACCUCUAAGGAGGGCGUACGAAAUCAUCAGAGCAGAAGACCCAACAAUUACGCCAGAAUCAGCACUUCAAACAGCAGUCAAAGCAGUCAACGAUACUGCUGGCCCGAACGGAAUAGUGCCAACACUCUUGGUAUUCGGCUCGUACCCACGAAUUACCGACGAUUCGCCGCCAUCUCCCGAAGUCACAAGGCGGGCGAAAGCGAUUAAGAAGGCGACGAGCGAAGUACGCGAACUUCACGCAAGGCGACAGGUGGCAGAAGCUAUCGCCACCCGCAAUGGCCCUGAUACAGGGCCAAUUGUUAAUUUACCGCUACGGUCGCAAGUACGAGUAUGGCGCGAAAAGAAGGGCUGGACCGGACCGUUUACUUUAGCAGCCAUAAACGGCGAAACCUGUACUGUCGAUACGCCACGUGGUCCGAAGACCUUCCGGUCUACCGUAGUCAAACCAUACUACGAAGAUCCCGAUCAACCACCUAACUCCAUCGCCGCGCCAGAAGAAGAAGAACCCGAAGCUGAGAUACCGCAGCAGGAAGUAGUACGCGACGAAAUUAUCGUCGCCGGCGGAGGCAGUGAACCGGACGAACCGCAAGAGGCACCGGAGCCACCGAGAAGACGCCCGGGCAGACCCCGGAAGAGACCACUGCCAAUCGCCCACUUCACAGAGGAAUUCAACGAUGACCCGGAUUAUCAACAAAUAUUCCUAUCGAUUAAGGAGCAAGCAGACGAAGAAUUGGCAAUCAAACUACGACGAGAAGGUGUUAUUACUACACCAGGCGAACCGUUCGAACAGUCAACUAAACAAGAGAUCAACAGCCUCAUCGCUAGAGGAGUGUUCAAAUUCACCCAGUUCAAUAAGAGAAGGCACCAGAACGUACGAAUCUUCCGAUCUCGUAUCGUCAACGAAGUCAAGGGUAAAACAACCGAACCCUACGAGAAAUCGAGACUUGUAAUACAGGGUUACGCCGACGAUGGCAAGAAGGCUAUAUUGACCCAAUCGCCAACGAUUCAGCGGGCGAGUCAACGGCUAAUUCUGUCAAUUACCCCGUCACUCCUACGAGAAGGGAAACAACUAUGGCUUCGAGAUAUCACACAAGCCUACGUUCAAUCCUCCACAAGGCUCAAUCGUACUAUUCUCGCCUACCCACCGAAGCAAAUUCAAGACCAGUACCCAAAAGGGACCAUUAUGGAGGUUGUGAAGCCUCUGUACGGAAUCGCAGAAGCUGGAACCCACUGGUGGGCAACGUAUCACAAGCAUCACAGAGAGAAUCUCCAGAUGGUUACUUCUUCGUACGAUCCAUGCCUAUUGAUCUCAUCUACCGAAAAUCCACACUUUGGCUGUAUCGGCAUGCAAACCGACGAUACCCUCGGUUUGUCAGACAAGGCGUUCUCACAAUUAGAAGACGAACAGUUAGAAAAAGCGGCUUUUACGGCAAAAGCGAAGAAUAUCCUCACAAUUGACGAACCCCUCCAAUUCAACGGAGGGAUAAUCGCGCUGUCAACCGACAAUUCGAUCAAUUUGAGGCAAAAGGGACAAGCCAAGAAGUUACGAUGUAUUGAGACUACUGAACCCAACCCAAAACAGCAAUAUGUCGAACAACGCGCCAGAGGGGCGUACAUCGCGUCAAUUUGCCAACCCGAGGCCUGUUUCGAUUUAUCCACUGCUGCCCAACACCAAGACCCCUCGCCAGAAGCGAUAAAAGCACUGAAUCAACGGAUUCGAUGGCAAAUAGAAUCGCCUAACCGAGGAAUAACGUUUAUCCCACUCGACCUUACAACAGCCAAGCUAUUCGUUUUCGUUGACGGGUCGUUCGCUAAUAACCACGACCUCUCCUCCCAAUUAGGGUUUCUGAUCAUCCUAGCCAACGACACUUCCUCUGACAGCAACAACGGAGAAUUCACGAUUCACGGUAACCUCGUUCAUUACAGCUCUACGAAGAGUAAACGAGUCACCCGCAGCGUAUUAGCGUCAGAGAUCUACGGGAUGGUCGCUGGCGUCGAUAUGGCCUACGCCCUCGCCACAACCCUGGCGACAAUCACUGACCACCUCAACCUACCAACGAUUCAGACAGUUGUCUGUACCGAUUCUUAUUCGCUGUACGAGUGUCUCGUGAAGCUGGGCACUACCAAAGAAAAGCGACUCAUGAUCGAUAUCAUGGCGUUGAGACAAUCGUACGAAAGACGAGAACUACAAGAAAUUCGUUGGAUUAACGGCGAAGACAACCCUGCUGAUGCCCUCACGAAGAGCAAACCAAAUCGAGCCCUCGAGAGAUUCGUUGAUAGCAACACGAUAACGAUACGUAUGGAGGGAUGGGUAACAAGACCGUAA